GGGCUCCCCUCGCCGAGGCCCGGGAGGCGCGGAGAGGCCGGGUCGGCCGGACACGCCCAUGAGCCCAACUGGACGCCUCGGACACCUGGACGGGCCCGACCCUCCGCCUCCGGACGCAGGUCUCCAGUGGAGUGACUGAACUUCCAGGAAGCCAACUCAGUGGGAGAAAGCGUGAGGAAAAUCGAGAGCCUCACAGACUAGUUGGUAACCAUGACGACAGAGACGGGCCCUGAUUCUGAGGUGAAGCAUGCCCAGGAGGAAUCCCCCCCCGCAACAGCAGCAGCCACACAGCAGCCGCUAGAAGCCGCGGCAGCGACCACCCCGGUGUCCACCGCCAACCACCCGGAAGCCAACUCCAACGAGAAGCAGGGGAGCCAGCCCGAGCCCCGGCAUGCGGAGCAGGGUCUAGACAUGGAGGAGAAGGAUUACGCUGAAACUGACGGGCUCUCGGAGAGAACCACCCCCAGCAAGACCCAAAAAUCCCCCCAGAAAAUUGCCAAGAGGUUCAAAAGCGCCAUCUGCCGAGUCAUCUUGCUGGACGCGUCGGAGUACGAGUGCGAAGUGGAGAAGCAUGGCCGGGGCCAAGUGCUGUUUGACCUGGUCUGCGGGCACCUUAACCUCCUGGAGAAGGACUACUUUGGCCUCACCUUCUGCGACUCAGACAGCCAGAAGAACUGGCUGGAUCCGUCGAAGGAAAUCAAGAAGCAGAUCCGCAGUGGCCCCUGGAACUUUGCCUUCACGGUCAAGUUCUACCCCCCAGACCCGGCCCAGCUCACUGAAGACAUCACAAGAUACUACCUGUGCCUGCAGCUGAGGGCCGACAUCAUCACGGGGCGUCUGCCGUGCUCCUUCGUCACUCACGCCUUGCUGGGCUCCUACGCCGUGCAGGCUGAGCUGGGAGACUUUGACCCGGAAGAGCAUCUCGGCAACUACGUCAGCGAGCUCCGCUUCGCCCCCAACCAAACCAAAGAGCUGGAGGAGCGGAUCAUGGAACUGCACAAGACCUAUAGGGGUAUGACGCCUGGAGAAGCAGAAAUUCACUUCCUGGAGAAUGCGAAGAAGCUCUCCAUGUAUGGGGUCGACCUGCACCAUGCCAAGGACUCUGAGGGGAUCGACAUCAUGCUGGGCGUGUGUGCCAACGGACUCCUUAUCUACCGGGACCGGCUGCGGAUCAACCGUUUUGCCUGGCCCAAGAUCCUGAAGAUCUCCUACAAGAGAAGCAACUUCUACAUCAAGAUCCGCCCCGGGGAGUAUGAGCAGUUUGAAAGUACCAUCGGCUUCAAGCUCCCCAACCACCGCUCCGCCAAGCGAUUGUGGAAGGUUUGCAUUGAGCACCAUACAUUCUUCAGGCUGGUGUCUCCGGAGCCCCCGCCCAAGGGCUUCCUGGUGAUGGGCUCCAAGUUCCGCUACAGCGGGAGGACGCAGGCCCAGACCCGCCAGGCCAGCGCCCUCAUCGACCGGCCCGCGCCUUUCUUCGAGCGCUCCUCCAGCAAACGGUACACCAUGUCCCGCAGCCUUGAUGGAGCUGAGUUCUCCCGCCCGGCGUCGGUCAGUGAGAAUCACGACUCGGGGCCUGAGCUGGAGAGGCGGGAGGAGGACGGCGAAUACGGCCGCUGGACCAGGACCGGGUUGGAGGAGGAGGAGGAGCUCAAGACCCCCACCAAGAUCAAAGAGUUGAAGCCGGAACAGGAAACCACACCGCGGCACAAGCAGGAGUUUCUAGACAAGCCCGAGGACGUCCUGCUGAAGCACCAGGCCAGCAUCAAUGAGCUCAAGCGGACCCUGAAGGAGCCCAACAGCAAGCUGAUCCACCGCGAGCGUGACAGGGAGCGGAGGCUGCCCUCCCCGGCCUCCUCCUCGCCUAAGCACGAAGAGGUGACCCCCAAGGGGACCCCCGAGAAGGCGCACGAGAGAGCCGGGCUGAGGGAGGGCUCAGAGGAGGUAGUGAAGCCGCCCCGGCCCCGGGCCCCAGAGAGCGACCCUGGGGACGAGGACCAGGAGCAGGAGAGGGACUCGGUCUUCCUGAAAGACAACCACCUGGCCAUAGAACGCAAGUGUUCCAGCAUCACGGUCAGCUCCACGUCCAGCCUGGAGGCGGAGGUGGACUUCACGGUGAUCGGGGACUACCCCGGCUCGGCCUGCGAGGACUUCUCCCGCAGCCUGCCCGAGCUAGAUCGAGACAGGAGCGACUCGGAAGCCGAGGGGCCGGGCUUCUCCCAGGACCUGGACAAGGCGGCUCCUGGCCGGGAUGAGGAGAUCAGGGCAGCCUGGGAAGCCCCAGAUGGGUUGACCCACGCAGCCCUCGAAAUGCCCCACUUUGAGUCUGUGAAAUCGGAAACGGUGACCGUCAGCUCCUUCGCCGUCAGGAAGAAACUGGAUUCGGAGUCCAAGGCGCAGGCGAGAGUCACCAACGUGGAUAUGGCCCAGGUUGAUGGGAUUGGGAAAGAAAUGAUUAGUUCACACACUGUUACCACAGAAACUAUAUCAGCUGCUUUGGAUCAUAGCCUCAAGCCUGGGAAGGGAGCGACAGCCAUGGCCCCGGGCUCCCAAGCUGUUAUGACGGACAUCCGUUCUCUCUCUCCGAUCAUCGGGAAAGAUGUUCUCACCAGCACCUACGGAGCCACAGCGGAAACCCUCUCCACUUCUACCACUACCCACGUCACCAAAACUGUGAAAGGAGGAUUCUCCGAGACAAGGAUAGAGAAGCGGAUCAUCAUCACAGGAGAUGAAGAUGUCGACCAAGACCAGGCGCUGGCUCUGGCCAUCAAAGAGGCAAAACUCCAGCACCCUGACAUGCUGGUAACCAAAGCUGUAGUCUACAGAGAAACAGAUCCAUCUCCAGAGGAAAGGGACAAGAAGCCUCAGAUCCUUUCAUUUUGAGGGUGGUGGGAGACGCCAGUGCCUGUUUAUACUGAAUUCUGCAAGCACAUUCCAAGACUGGCCUGCAAGUGCAUGAAUAACAACCCUAAAAAUAAUUAUUUUUUCAAAAGCACCUUACCAACCAACUGCAAUGCUCUACUGUUCCUUCACUAACGCCCUUCUCCUCUGCCUUUCUCCCUGUGCCCUCUCCUCCGUUCAGUGCUCAGUGGUGUAUACGCGUCUGUGCUCACUGUUCUUGUACUCCAUAAAAGUGAAAUAAAUGUAUUUGAUGCUGACGAGGA